CAUUUUGUUCCGCCCGAGGAGACCUAAGAUGGCGGCGGGGGAGACGAUAAAGGUUGCGGCCGGCCGCUUUGGCCUCUAGUCCGCCGUCUCCCCGUCCCCCAGUGGCCGGUACAUGGCCGGGCGGAGGCCUGGACCAUGGACCUCCACACCGCCGUGUACAAUGCCGCCCGCGACGGCAAGCUGCAGCUGCUUCAGAAGCUGCUUAGCGGCCGGAGCCGGGAGGAGCUGGAGGAGCUGACGGGCGAGGUGGCCACCGGGGGGACGCCGCUGCUCAUCGCCGCCCGCUACGGCCACCUGGACGUGGUGGAGUACCUGGUGGACCGGUGCGGCGCGAGCGUGGAGGCCGGCGGCUCGGUGCACUUCGAUGGCGAGACCAUCGAGGGAGCGCCGCCGCUGUGGGCCGCCUCGGCCGCCGGCCACCUGGACGUGGUGCGCAGCCUGUUGCGCCGCGGGGCCUCGGUGAACCGCACCACGCGCACCAACUCGACGCCCCUGCGCGCCGCCUGCUUCGACGGGCACCUCGAGGUGGUGCGCUACCUGGUGGGCGAGCACCAGGCCGACCUGGAGGUGGCCAACCGGCACGGCCACACGUGCCUCAUGAUCUCCUGCUACAAGGGCCACCGUGAGAUCGCCCGCUACCUGCUGGAGCAGGGCGCCCAGGUGAACCGGCGCAGCGCCAAAGGCAACACGGCGCUGCACGACUGCGCCGAGUCCGGCAGCCUGGAGAUCCUGCAGCUGCUGCUGGGCUGCAACGCCCGCAUGGAGCGCGACGGCUACGGCAUGACGCCGCUGCUGGCGGCCAGCGUGACGGGCCACACCAACAUCGUGGAGUACCUCAUCCAGGAGCAGCCUGGCCAGGAACAGGCUGCUGGGGCUGCAGAAGAGGCCAGGCCGGGGCUGCCCCACAAAGGCCCCUCCUCCACCAGCCGCGGGUACCUGCAGCCCCAGGGCGCCCAUUGCGCCAGCGCCUGCCCGGAGGAAGCACUUAAUGGUGAUUCCUAUGAAAGCUGCUGCCCCACGAGCCGGGAAGCGGCGGUGGAAGCUUUGGAAUUGCUGGGAGCCACCUAUGUGGAUAAGAAACGGGAUCUGCUGGGCGCCCUCAAGCACUGGAGACGUGCGAUGGAGCUGCGUCACCAGGGGGGUGAGUACCUGCCCAAGCCAGAGCCCCAGCAGCUGGUCCUGGCCUAUGACUGUUCCAGGGAGGUGAACACUGCCGAGGAGCUGGAAGCACUCAUCACAGACCCGGAUGAGAUGCGCAUGCAGGCGCUGCUGAUCCGCGAGCGCAUCCUUGGCCCCUCUCACCCGGACACUUCCUACUACAUCCGCUACCGGGGCGCCGUGUACGCCGACUCUGGCAACUUCGAGCGCUGCAUCCGCCUCUGGAAGUACGCCCUGGACAUGCAGCAGAACAACCUGGAGCCCCUGAGUCCCAUGACCGCCAGCAGCUUCCUCUCCUUCGCCGAACUCUUCUCCUACGUCCUGCAGGACCGGGCCGCCAAGGGGAGCCUGGGCACCCAGAUCGGCUUUGCAGACCUCAUGGGCGUGCUCAGCAAAGGAGUCAGGGAGGUGGAACGGGCCCUGCAGCUGCCCAAGGAGCCGGGAGACUCAGCGCAGUUCACCAAGGCCCUGGCCAUCAUUCUCCAUCUGCUUUACCUGCUGGAGAAAGUGGAGUGCACCCCCGAGCAGGAGCACCUGAAGCACCAGACCGUGUACCGGCUGCUCAAGUGUGCCCCCCGCGGGAAGAACGGCUUCACUCCUCUGCACAUGGCUGUGGACAAGGACACCACGAACGUGGGCCGCUACCCGGUGGGCCGAUUUCCCUCCCUCCAGGUGGUCAAAGUGCUGCUGGGCUGCGGGGCUGACCCUGACAGCAGGGACUUUGACAACAACACACCGUUGCACAUUGCUGCCCAGAACAACUGCCCGGCCAUCAUGACCGCCCUCAUAGACGCAGGGGCCCACAUGGAUGCCACCAACGCCUUCAAGAAGACCGCCUACGAGCUGCUGGACGAGAAGCUCCUGGCCAAGAGCACCAUGCAGCCCUUCAACUACGUGACCCUCCAGUGCCUGGCCGCCCGAGCCCUGGAUAAAAACAAGAUCCCGUACAAGGGCUUCAUCCCUGAAGAGCUAGAGGCUUUCAUUGAGUUGCACUGACCUGCCCAAGAGGUCUCCUUCUCAUCCCUGCCCUCGCAUCUAGAGAGAGCACAGAAUCGAGAGAGUGUAGCGGGUACCCAUCUGGCCUUCUGGCGCGUGCUUCAGGCGGCCCUGGCAGAAAAGGGCUGUUCCGCCUUCACUUCCCCUUCUUCACCUCUCCAGAGAGAGGAGGGAAGGAGCUAGCAAGCUGUUGGUGCUAAAAGCCUUCAGGAGCGUGUACUCGAACUUUCUCCAGGAGCUCACCUAGCCAUCCUUUACUGGAAAAAGACAGGCCUUCCACCCACCCCCUGUGCCUGCCUCAAAGCCAUUGCCUGCCUUCCUAGAAACACAGGAAGAAGCUGAGAGUUGGUUCCUCCUCCUUUCUCCCUCGCGCGGUCAGAUAAAACUGGCAGCGGAAUGCAGGGUUAGGACUGGGGGGUUCCUCAGAGCAAAAGUUGGAAACUCAAGAAGAAAGACCCCCCCCGCAUUUCUCAUUUCUCCCUGCACGAUCCCAGCCUGCUCCCAGGUUGUUGUCACGGAGCAGGCCGUGCCGGGCGGGAGGGUGCUCAGCAGAGGGCAGCCUGCCCCUUGCCAAGCUUGCGGUGGGUUUGGUGUUUUGUUUAUCUGACAAGUGGGCAGGUUACCAGUGUUAUUACACAGGAGUCCUGAGAGUUUGCCCCCAGCUUCUAAGAAUUUUGUUUGUUGGACUUAAGUGCAUUUCAAGCGGUGAGGGGUUCGCUGGGCCCAAGAUGGCUAAGGCAGUUGGCACAUGCUUUGUGGUGUGAGGGAGGCAGACAUCCGUGGUACUAGUCCCUAAAACUUGGGCAACCGUACAUUUUUUAAAACAUCACUUUUUGGCCUUUUCAUUGGACCUCCCAACCUGCCAUCUGCAUUAGAAUUAUUUUUUCCAAGCAAGCAUCAGGCCAGUUUCCGAGGAAGCCAGGCUUGACAACCAUUUUCCACCCAGUGAGAGAGAGCAUGGUGGCUUUAGGUUUCUGAAUGAAACGACAGGCCCCUUCAGCUUCCCAAGCCCACGUCCAAGAACAUCGGGUUGCGGCUGUGGGCCAGAUUUCCCCCAAGUGGCUCUAGCCGUUUUUCAGCAGCCCUGAGCCCUUGAAUGGAGCCUUCCUGAGAGGAGAACAGCAUGAAUUCAAGAAGCCAGCGGGCUAGGACGGUCAGGGAUAAGUUGUCAGCUCCAGCUCGUACCAAACCUCCAUUCCCCCUUCUCAGGGUAACGUGUCAGUGCUGGGGAAGCUGCCACAGUGAGACUGUUCUCAGGGGCAAUGCUGUCUGUCCCUUGGCAGGCAGCAGCAGGUUUCUGGGCGCCUGGGAGGACGGUGCACAGCAGACGGCCAACAGCUGCCCCGGCCGCCCAGGAGGAAGGCCAGGUCCGGGAGUGGCGCUCCGACACAGCACCUCUCUGGCAGCCCCGUGGCGGGUAGCUGCGGCCAGGCCAGCGGAAGCUGAAACGGGGCCUUGGCUGCUCUGGCCCUUUAAGGAAACGAGCGCUUGUUGUUUGGGUUUGCAGUGUUCGUUAGGAAAUUAUUUAUUUGCAAGACAAGGUUUUCACUUCCGUCAGGGCGGGAACACCGCCCCUUCCAAAGCACAGAAUAAAGAAACGAGACGGGUUCACUUAGGAGUCUGGGCUCUGGUCUUUAAAUCGUGAGAAGAUCACGGGAGAGAAUCGCCUGGCAGCUGGUGGCUGGGGGGAGGGCGGGGAGAGGCCGUGCAGUGUGUGCAAAACUUGUCCUCGAGUUGAUCCAACUCGUGGUGACCCCACAUGUACAGAAUAGAACAGCUCCAUAGUGUUUUCUUGGCUGUAAUCUUUCCUGAAGUAGACUGUACGGGCUUUUUAUUCCCUCAGAGCCACUGGCUGGGUUUGAACCAUCAACCUUUCGAUUAGUAGCCAAGCAUAAACCCUGUAAACGUCCAUGGUGUUGGUCCAAAUGGAAGAUGAGGUGUCCCCGGGUGGUGCAAACGGUUAAGUGCUCAGCUCCUAGCCAAAAGGUUGGUGGUUCGAACCUACCCAGAGGUGCCUCGGAAGACAGGCCUGGUGAUCAGCUUCCCAUAGCUCAGAGCUUUGAAGACCCUGUGGAGCAGUUCUGCUGUGCAUGCACGGGGUCGCCAUGAGCCGUGCACCUGACCCAGUUCCAAGUGGAAGAUACGCCUUGGGGCCACCCUCUGCCACAAGAGCAGUUUCUUGUCGUGCAGUGAGCUUUGUUAAGAUUUCCUUUGAAUAUGGUGCAUUACUGGCAAAGGGAAAAAAAAGAAGUAUUUUAGUUUAAACGCCUGCUUUGGGGUAGAGUUGACACAGGAAAAAAAAUAAAUAAAGGCACCUUGAUUCUUUUUAAAGGCAAAGAAGGGUUAAGGAACCUGGAAAAUGCCCUAACAAGGGAGAUGGAGCCUGAGGACGGCUCUGUGCCAGGCUUUUGGGCAAACACCCUUGCUCUGAGUGAGACACAGGCGGCCCAUUCAGUGGAGUGUUGUGACCAUGAAGUUGACGUCUCUGGACUUGGUGGAUUUCCUAGAGCUCAUUGAGCUUUAAGAGGAAAAUACCCAUGCCUUUUCCUUUAUUCAGACUCUCUGGUGGUGCAAAGAGUGAACGGGUCCAGCUGCACCUCUGGGUUCGAGUCCACCCAGAGGUGCCCUGGUAGAAAGGCCUGGCAAUCUACUUCUGAAAACUCAGCCAUUGAAAAAUCUACGGAGCACAGCCCUACUCUGAUACUCAUGGGGUUGCCAUGAGUCCCAGUCAACUCCACGGCGACAGGGUUUCCCUUUAUUCUGCCAUCUCAGUUGUGUAAACCUGGGAAUUCUUAAGUCCUGCUUUUCGCCCUAUCAGUAUCGUCAAAACUACCAAAAAGAACCACUGACCCGACGUUCAGUUGACUGAACAGCAGCUUACUGAAUAGCCGCCACAUGCCGGGCACUGUUCCUGACCCGCUAAUGGUAAAUGACAGCACUGGUUUUCCCCGAGAUCACUUCCGCCUCCUGUCACAGCAGGGACAGGCUGUGUGCAGGGACUUCGCGCCUCCUGUCAUGCAUGGGUUGGAGAAUUCUGUCUCCUGGUUUCACGCGGCUGCCGUCUCAUUUCACUCAGGGCCCUUAAACUACUCAGCCCUAGUAGGAAUUUAUCAUUGCAUGAAAGGACAGGGUUUGAAAUCAGCCGGCCCCAGAACAGUCUCCUAGGAGACACACGGGCUGGCAAACAUUUGAGUCCAUACUUGUGCCGGGCACGUUCUGAGCUCUUAAAAGUGGUGCCUCGUGUACUGCUCUCGACAACCCUACAUGAUAAGCAGGUAUUAGCCUUCCUGUUUUGCAAGUGGGGGGAACUGCGGCUAUCAGCGUGGCAAAGGACGGAGCACAUUGGGAAAGAGCCCGGAUUGGAACCCGGGUUUGUCUGACUCCAUGUCUGUGCGUACUCUCCAUCCCACAGGAGUUUGGGGAAAUAAAUACGAGAGCAUCUCAAAGGCCAGGAACUUGGGUUCCCUUUCCCUGCAUUUUCGUGCUGAUUUGGCACAAGCUCCUCAGUCCACAGGGCAAAUGGCCCACUUGGGAGGGGCUGUCUGCCCAUACAAUGAGGAAAUGAUCGCCUUCCAUCUUUGCUCUACAACCUGAGAAAUCCUGAGUGUCUUUUCCCCUUCUGGGUCUACCAGAAUCACUGGCCCCUUGCCCCAGCAAGUAGCUCAAGGGGAAAAGUUACCUGGGCUAAAACUUGCUUUAAAAACUCAUACCUGAAAAUUGUAACUUUGGCCUCAUAACCUGUAAUGAAGGCCAUCUUAAAGUCUGGUUUCAGGUGAAAGGUGAUCCAGGAGGUCAAAAUUGUUACCAAUAAACUGGCUGCUCAGGGGGUGCAAGUUGGCAGCCAGCAGGAAGGAGGCCACGCUUCCCUUGUCCACCUCCAGCAGUGGAAGGUCUUCCCCCAGCCCCCUCUUCCCGGCAAACAUCCUGAUAUUCACACUGAUUGGGCCAAAUUGGGUCACGUGUCCAUCUCUGAACCAAUCACAGUAGCCCAGGAAUGGGAUGUGUUGAUUGGCCUCAGCCUGGGUCACCUUGGCACAGGGGAGGUGGGUGGAGUCCCCCUCUCCAGAACAACUUGGUCCAAAGGAAAUUGGAGUUACUAUAAAAUGGGGGAAUAAGGAGUCUCUGGGUCAAGCAAAAGGUUAAGCACUCAACUACUAGCUGAAACGUUGCCGGUUCAAACCCACCUAAAGGGCCUCAGAAGAAAGGCCUGGCAAACCACUUUAGAAAGGUUGCAGCCCUUGAAAAUUCUAUGGAGCACAAUUGUACUGACACACAUGGGGUCGCCAUGAGUCAGAAUCAAUGGCAACUGGCGACAAGUGCCUGCACCUAUUAAAGUACUGAUUUGAACCAUGUUCUAACUAAGCAGACUGUCCAUUAAGCCACCUGCUUUUACACAUCAUAAGACAUAACACUGUAUCAAAGCAUUCAUCCUCCAGAAAUUUCCAAAUACCUAUAAAAUGGGGAAUAUAUGCUUAGAAGGCAGCAAAAAAGUCUACAGUAAUAAAAUUAUUACUUGUAAUUUAUCAAUGAAGAAAAAAACAGGCUCAGAGAGGUCAAGUAGCUGCUCAAGGCCACACAGCCAGGGUGAAAACCAGGUUACUUAGAGGAGACUGAGGCUCAGAGAGGGGAAGGGGCUUGCGCAAGCUUAACCAGCUAGGAUGCAUCGGUGUUGAGCUAAGCCAGGUUUGAGGGUUUCAAAAUCCUGCAGCUCACCCCAGUCUUCAUGGGGGACAUCAUCCCCCCACUCACCAUCACCCCCCACCUGCUUCCUUCUCUCCACGGAACUGAAGUCAGGGCCUGAAGUUCACUUGUUCACUUACCUACUUGGUUAGUGCCUUCCUCUCUGUGUGAGACCAAGAGCUCUGCAAGGUCUGUGUUGGUCACCUCUGUGUCACCAGUGCCCAGUCCGGGGCCUGACACACACUGUUGUUAGAUGCCAUCAAGUCGAUUCCGACUCAUGGCCACCCCACGUGGCAGAGGAGAACUGCCCGAUAGUGUUGCCAGGUGGAAACCCCAGGUUCUGCUCAGCACGACUAGUCUCAGUCAAUAAGCGAGAGGCUGAGGUGGGAAAGUGGAAAGGCACUUUUAUUUCAUUGUGCAAGAAAAGGAAACAGUUGGGGCUGCUGCUGCCAAGACUGCUCCACCAGGGUAAGGGGAAAGGUUACUUUUAAGGGAUUUACAAGUAGGAAGUUCAUACGAGUUACAUGAGCAAUACUCGUAAUCACACUCCACGGGCACAAUGGAGUUUCAUAUAACUUUAUGCAUCGUGUGUCCAGACAAUGGUGGUUAAACUCCACCCCGAGGUAGGGAAGUCACUGUGUAUGAGGUCUAAAAGGUUGUCCUGAAUAUCAACAUGGCACCUAAACCAGUUUCCACCAAUUUCCUCUCGUUUUGGGCAGCAGUUAUGGAGAGGGGAACUAGGAUUUUAAUAUAAAGCCACGGGGCAUGCCAAGCAAGCUUCCUGAGGCAAUGGAAUUUUCCACAGCCUCAGGACCUCUGUCUUAAUAGGGCUUCCUAGGCUGUGACCUUUAUGGGAGCAGAUCGCCAGGUCUUUCUUCAGCAGAGCUGCUGAGUGGGUUCAAACCACUAACCUUCUAGUCAGCAGCCGAGGACUUAACUGCUGAGCCACCAGGACUCCUUCAGCACAUGCUAGGUGUCCUGUAAAUAUGUGUUGAGUGAAUGAGUGAAUGUCUCUGGUCUCCAAGAGUUUGCCUUCUCCUUCGACUGCCUGGAACAGCCACAGAGGACACGGGAAGGGCCUGGAGGGCCUGGCAGACACUGCAGUGCCCUGGCACCUGCCACCCCCAUGGGAUUCCAGGACUGUCAUCCGAGCAGUGUUUAUGGGGAGGGGAGCAGAGCGUCCCGGCCU